CAUAGCAUUUCAUUUCAAAGUUUUUGUUGUUAUAUCUUUUGUAUUUGUAUUCGCAAUUUCUUUAAAUAUUUUAGCAAAUAUUUAAUUGUUUGUGGUGUUAAUAUCAUUACACUUUAAAUUAGCAACGAAUUAACUAUUGUAAUGAGUAAUGAACUGUUGCAAUACUUAUUGCAAGGCUCAAGCAAUUUGUCGCCGAAUGCAAAAGAAAUAUUCUUACUCCACGCUGAAGAUGAGUUUAAUAAGGGAAAUAUGUUAAAUUCAAUAUUUUAUCAAGUACGCGCGCUUUUUCAAUCAUUUCUCGAUAAUUACAUGGAGGAAGCAUAUUGGAACACGACGCACUUCAAAGAAGCAAAAAUUAUGAGUCAAAUGAAUGAUUGGGAAAAGGAGGACUUUAAAAGUAAUCCCUUGAUGCAAUAUGCAGUAAAGACGUUAGCGGAGAAAAAUAAAACUAAAAACGAAAAAUGUGAUUGCUGUCCCAAAUCUAUUGGCUAUAAUUUCUUGCAAAAUAUCACUGAUUCUGUAAAAGGCAUAGAGCAAAUCAAAAAAAUUUGUGCUGAAUUUCCAACGCAAUGGACCAUAUUGCAAAUAUGUAAAGGACCACUGGCAAGGACCACCUAUUCCAUUUAUCCGCAGAUACAUGAAAGCGAUGCGUGCAUUUAUUUGACAAUAUUACGUCAUGUUCGAAGUGCUAAAUAUCCUAACCCAAUAUGCAUACGUUUAAGUAGUCCCAAGCAAAAGCAAUUAUACCGAGAUAUGGCAGUCAUUCCAUUGGAAUUCAAACAGCACGUCAAUAUCAAUGGACAAACAUUAGAUAAAGAAGCCAAAAAAAGAUAUUGGGAUGUGCUUGGCGAAUGUAAUACAAAAAUUAUCAAAGUUUUAGAAGACUUCAAAGAGUUUCUAUAUCCAUGGUGUUUCUUAUUUCGAGGAAAACCUUUCCCUUCGCCAAAUGUCGAAGCUUAUGAAAACAAAGCAUUUAAAUCCGUUGAUGAGUUCUGCAAUACUUACAAAUGGGGAUCCAAGGAACGUGUGAUAUUGUCUUUAGCCGCGUUGCAUGUGCAAUCAAUUUCACAGCUGGAACUGUUUGCUAUUUGCAAUACAUUAACUGAUAAAGAAAGAGAGCAAACCAAAGCUGCCAGUCUUUUAUUUGAACUGAAAGUAACUUCUUUUAAAUAUAAAGAGUCUAUUAAAGAUUGGAAAGCGUCAAAUAACUAUCCUUGCAUUCUGGUUGUCGAUGAACGUUUGGAUCAUUUCUUUUGGGAAGAGAUAAGUGUUGGACAAGAAUAUACCCGUGUGAACAACCUGCAAAUGCUCUAUACACUUUUCAGUAGUCACAAAGAAAAAAUUAGAAAUGGUUACUUAAAAGUAAAUAUAACAAAUGGAGCUUGUGUGAUUAAUCCUGAUAGUAACUUACCUAAUACAGAAAAGCGUAUGACUAAAUUUUUUCAGUAUUGGUUGCCACAUUGGCAAAUGAACAUUGGUAAUAAGCCUACUCAGGAUCAACUACUUAAACAAUUCUUCAAACAAUCAUGCUAUGUCUAUGCUGGUCAUGGAUCUGGUCUACAAUAUAUACACGGUAAAUACAUUGCCAAGCAACAUAUGAAUUGUGUAGUGUUUCUCUUUGGCUGCGAUUCUUCACGUCUGCAUUCAAAUGGUCUUUACAGUGAAAUGGUGGGCCCACAUCUCUAUUACCAUGCAGCGAAGUGUCCGACACUGGUAGGUACAAUAAUGCCUGCUUUAGACUCGAAUAUGGAUACUGUAGCAUCCUGCUUAUUGAGUAGUUGGAUAGCACCUAAGUCAUGGAAAGAUAUUAUACCUUGGACUUCCAUAGAAUUUCCAAAAUGGUGUAAAGAAGGCAUCAUAAAACCUGAUACCACAAAUAAAAACCAAAGUCUACUGAAGAACAGUUACAAUAAAGGUAGUUUAUGUGCUCUGAUCGCAAAAGUACAUCAACGGAAAACCGAAGUAAAACACUACAAUACCGUACCUUAUGUUUGCCGUGGCUUACCAGCUUGGAACGUCAAUGUAGAAAAUUUACCAUAAUAGUCAUAAUAACUUGUAAUUUAUUUUAAAUAAUUUAU